AUGAUCUCUGCUGUCCUCCUCCUGUGGACUGUGCCCUGUGUGGCAAACCAUAUCCUGGGGGGCUUUGCCAAGGGAGCUCUGCAGGAAGGUACCCAGCUGGCAUGCAGCCUGCCUGGACCCCCCGGGCCACCCGGACCCCCCGGCGCACCCGGGGCUCCAGGGACGGUUGGCAGGAUGGGAUUCCCAGGCAAAGAUGGCAAGGACGGCAAGGAUGGGGACAAAGGCGAGCACGGGGAUGAAGGUCCACAAGGCAGAACGGGAAACCCCGGCAAGCCAGGCCCAAAGGGGAAAGCAGGAGCUAUUGGCAAGGCAGGCCCACGAGGGCCUAAGGGUUUAAAGGGUAAUCCUGGAAAAAAUGGAGCCCCAGGAAAGAAAGGGCCCAAAGGCAACAAGGGCGAGGCUGGGCUGCCAGGACCCUGCACUUGUAAUGCCAACAAAGCCAAAUCUGCCUUCUCCGUGGCAGUAUCAAAGAGCUACCCAAGGGAAAGGCUGCCCAUCAAAUUUGACAGGAUCCUAAUGAACGAGGGAGGACAUUACAAUGCUUCCAGUGGGAAAUUUGUAUGCAGCAUCCCAGGUAUUUACUACUUCACUUAUGAUAUCACUUUGGCCAACAAACAUUUGGCCAUUGGCUUGGUCCACAACGGACAGUACCGGAUCAAGACUUUUGAUGCCAACACUGGGAACCACGAUGUUGCCUCUGGAUCAACCAUCCUUUCUCUGAAACAGGAGGAUGAGGUAUGGCUGCAGAUAUUUUACUCAGAACAAAAUGGGCUCUUUUAUGAUCCCUACUGGACAGACAGCUUAUUUACAGGCUUCCUGAUAUAUCCUGAUCAAGAUUAUCUCAAUGAAAUAUAA